AUGAUCCAAAAAGAUAUUGUCAACGCUUGUGCCAAAGAAACGGUGAAAGCUAUAAUUGGAGACAUGAAUGGAGAUUACUUUGGUAUAGUGAAUGAGUCCAAAGAUAUCUCACACAAUGAACAAAUGGCUCUUGUGUUGCGGUAUGUUGAUAAGAAUGGUGAGGUGGUAGAACAAUUUAUCGGUCUAGUCCAUGUUAGUGAUACAUCGGCAUGCUCGUUAAAGAAAGAAAUCUACUCUUUGCUUUCCAGUCACUCACUAAGUCCAUCCAAAAUACGUGGACAAGGUUAUGAUGGAGCUAGUAAUAUAAGAAGAGAGAUAAAUGGUCUCAAAACUUUGAUUAUGAAAGAUAGUCCAUCGGCAUAUUACAUUCAUUGUUUUGCUCAUCAAUUGCAAUUAACACUUGUAGCUAUUGCUAAAAAACCUGGGGAUGUUGAAGACUUCUUUGAUCAUGUUACUAAUGUGUUGGAGCAUCUUUUAAGCAUAGAGAUUUGA